GAGAGAGCGAGACAGAGAGAGAGAGAGAUAGAGAGAGACAGAGAGAGAGCGUGUGUCCCUCUUCCAGGAAGGGAUUAUUAACUAGCGCGCCGCCGAAAAACACUGAAGGAAAACACUCGCACACAAAAGAAGUUUUCUCGCCGCCGACCAGCCGCGCUAUGGACCCUGCCAGCAGAUAGCGAGAUAACAGAAAGGAGGGGGGGGGGGGAGAUAAAAGAAAAAGGGGAGACAAAGCGGGCUACAUGACAAGAAAGACAAAACAACUUGUCCCACAGUGACGAGCCUAGCAGCCGCACCGCACCGCACCGCCGCUGUGCGGGUUUCCACCGGAGAUAAAGAAGAGACACGCGACGGGGAAGUGGAAGGAGAAGGAGAGAAGUUGACGGGAGAUAAUGUCCGAAUCCUCCUCCGCUGCGACCAAGCAGGAGAGGAGCUCUUUCAGUCCUUCCGUGAACCCGCUGCCAAACUCCACUUCCUCCCCCGUCCAUGCUCCCGCCGCGAGGCCAGCCAGCCGAAUGGAGGACGAGACUGCCAGACUGCCUGCACACCUGCGCUUGCAGCCAGUCUUUUGGAGCAGGGAGGACGUGGCCCAGUGGCUGCGAUGGGCCGAAAAGGAGUUUGCCCUGCGGCCAAUCACCAGUGGCUCUUUUCAGAUGAACGGCAAAGCACUGCUGCUGCUCACCAAGGAAGACUUCCGCUACCGAUCCCCCCACUCUGGGGACGUCCUGUAUGAGCUGCUUCAGCACAUCCUGAAGCAGAGGAAGCCCCAUGUGUUUUACCCCUCUGCCUACUUCCCUGGGAACUCCUUCCACUCGCUGCCUGAGAGCGCUGUGCAGCACCUGAAGCUCGAAGAAACGGUACGACGAGGGCCACGUGGUACAGAACCACUCCCCCAGCAUCCGCCCACCAUCGAGCUGCGGCACCGCUCCCGCUCCCCUCACCAGCCCGCCCCGCGUCGAUCCCCCCUGGAGCCAAACCACCCUCGCGCCGCCAACGAUGACGCCCUCCAGGCCUUCUCCCAGCUGCCCGACAGCAACCACCAUCUGGAGGAAAUGUACCCUUUGUCGGUGUCCCCGGCAGCGCCCAAUGGGCGCUGCACGACCCCCCGCGAGCCCCAGUGCCCGGGCAGCCCCGGGGGCCAGGAGGCGGGCCCUCCUCGCAUCAUCCAGCUCAUGCCCAGCACCAUAAUGAACCCUCUGCUCCUCAGCCCGAACAGGAGUGGUGGGGCUGCCGGCAUGGACUUCAGGCACAGCCGCGGCAGUACCCUGUCCCAGGCGACGCAUGAGAACGGGCGUGAGAGUAAACUCCAUGGCCACCACCAUCCCAUACCCCUGGCACAGCAGCAGCAGCAGCACCUGCUGCAGCAGGAGGAGGCACUCUACAGGAACCAUGUCAUCAUGCCAGUGUCUCCUCCAGAGGAGCAGCAGAUGCCUAUAGGACGGAUAGCAGACUGCAGGCUGCUGUGGGACUACGUCUACCAGCUCCUGUCAGACAGCAGGUACGAGAACUACAUCCGCUGGGAGGAUCCAGAGAGCAAAGUCUUCCGCAUCAUGGACCCCAACGGUCUGGCCAGGCUCUGGGGCAACCACAAGAACAGGACAAAUAUGACGUACGAGAAGAUGUCGCGAGCACUGAGACACUACUACAAACUGAACAUCAUCAGGAAAGAGCCUGGACAAAGACUUCUCUUCAGGUUCAUGAAAACCCCGGACGAGAUCAUGAACGGACAGACGGACCGACUGGAGCACCUGGAGUCCGACACAGACGAACAGAUCUACAUCAAGGAGGAAUGCUAAGGAAAAUCUGGUCCAAAAAAAACCCCCUGUCCACAAACGUCUUACUACUACGACUACGAUUACAGCCGCUGAUGCCUUUCUAACGCAGCUUGGACAAUCGGUGUUGAAUCUGGAGCGCGUGGACGUUCCCUCGUAUCAGUCCUCCGCAGAGAGACAUGAAAUCUGCUGCUCUCAUAUGAUUGCCUUAGGAUGAUCAUUUUAAGAAACAUCAGUUCUUUUGAUUUUUCUUAAUGGGCAAAGACUUUCUAUUCGUGCUCCCUUUUUAUUUCUGAAUGAACUGCAAAAGCCAAUCACACGUGCGUAUUUCACUUUUAUGAUUUUUGUUUUGUUUUUUGUCUCUUCACCUGCAUUAUACUAUGGAAUUUUGUAAAAAGAAAAGUGUGUGUGUGUGUGUGUGUGUGUGUGUGUGUGUGUGUGUGUCUGUGUGUGUGUGCGUGAGCGAGCUUGAGACGGAAAUGUUUUCACCAUGGAAUAAACAUUUUUGAUCAAUCUGAA